AGGAUGAUGGUUAAUGUAGUACAUCAGUAGACACGUGUGUUGUCGUGUAGUUAAGCUAGGGAAAAUGGCGGGUCUGGAGCUGCUGUCUGAUCAAGGAUACCGGUUGGAUGGAAGAAAAGCUACCGAGCUGCGCAAAGUCCAGGCCCGCAUGGGGGUGUUCGCUCAGGCCGACGGUUCCGCGUAUCUGGAGCAAGGAAACACCAAAGCUCUGGCGGUGGUUUACGGCCCGCAUGAAAUUCGAGGUGCUCGUAGUCGGGCUCUUCAUGACAGAGCCAUUAUCAACUGCCAGUACAGCAUGGCCACCUUCAGCACGGCGGAGAGGAAGAGGAGACCGCACGGAGACCGCAAGUCCACAGAAAUGAGCCUUCACCUCAAGCAAACGUUUGAAGCUGCCGUGCUGACCCAGCUCUACCCACGCUCCCAGAUAGACAUCUAUGUCAAGAUUCUUCAGUCCGACGGGGGGAACUACAGCGUUUGUGUGAACGCCGCCACACUGGCAGUGAUCGACGCAGGGAUACCGAUGAGGGACUAUGUGUGCGCCUGCACAGUGGGCUUCGUGGAUGAAACCUCUCUUGCCGAUCUUUGCUACGCAGAGGAGAGCGGAGGAGUGAGCUCUCUGGCUUUGGCGCUUCUGCCCCGCGGAGGGCAGAUCGCUCUGGUCCAGAUGGAUGCCAGACUGCAUCAGGAUCACCUCGACACUCUGAUUGAGGCGGCAAUGACCGCUUGUAAAGGUGUGAGCAAAGUCCUGGACCAGGUGGUCAGGCAACAUCUCCAAGAAGGUUCUACGCUCAGAGAAUAAUGGUGAAGGAAAGAGUAAACAAAUGGUUUCCUGGGAUCAACACUUAUUUUGUCGUCAUUCUUAACAUUUUAUUAAGUAUAUUUGUGCAUAAAGAAUAAAUGUGAAUGUAUAUCGUU